AUGGCCUUCAACAGCGAGUCGUUCAGUCCGCUGGUGGUGGAUCAGGACACAGCGGCAGGGUGGAAUAACGGCAACGACGACUAUCUUUUCGACAGUAGCAUUAUAAACACCGACCAACUCGACGACAACUCGCUUUUUGGCACACCAGGCACGUUUGGAAAUGCGCAGCCUGCUGCUACACCAGGAUUUCUGCACGGAUCGCCAGAGAGGCCGAACGACCCGUCACACGAUCCGCCCAAGACCGGCAACCGACAGCAUGGCAGCCUACAGCCGCGCUCUGCGCCCUCCUCCACAUCCCCAGAGAGCUCGAGUCAAGACUCCGCUUCAGACACGUCAAGUAGGCGCAAGCGCAAGACGACCUCGUCAAACUCCUCCCCGUCGGCCACCUUCGGCUCUGGGGACCGGCAAGAUAGAAAGGACUGGUCUGCCAAGAUGGAUACGAUGGUGAAUACAGAGAACAGCUUUGGGAAUGGUGACGCAGCUUUCAACUGGGUCGAACCCUCAAAGAUUCUCUCCAUGGAUACGGAUCUGGACUCCAUUAACAGGACUAUGGAAAACCAUUUCGAUUUCGAGAGCGCUGCAAGCAGUCCUGGUGCUUUUGGGUUAAAUAGCGCAGAUCAGUCGUUUAUGGGAUCCAUGCCUAACCAGCAGUCGGUUUACGGGCAACACGUGCCACAGGCUAUGCCUAGGAGCACCCGGUCUGGCGCUUUCUUCCUUGGCUCACGGGAGAACUCUCCUCUAUCUGCGGCGAUGGCCACCAGCCAAGAGGCAUCUCCAGCGGAUAUGUUCAACACCGCCCCUCAAUGGGCUCUUUCGCCACAAAACAUACUGAUCAAGAGCGAGCAGGUGUACCCCAAUGGACUUCCAGCCAUAUCGCCAUCCCCGAUUAUGCCUAAUCUGCUAAUGCAGGGUAUGGAGACAGGCAGCAGUCCGGCGGCAGCACAGCUGCACAUAUAUCCAAUUGCGUCCAAGUCGCGUGUCGAGACCCAAAUCAACAUCAGAAUGACUCUCUAUCCAAUGCCCCCGGGUGUCACUAAACUUCACCUGCCAACACACACCAUCUCGAAACCAAAACUGCUCGCCAAAUCUGCCACUCCAGCCCCCGAUACAUUGGAGCUCCACACCACGUUAGUGUGCACCAGCGCUAUGGACAAGCCCCACUUCAGACAACGUGCCUUUCAACGGGCCGCUGGCCUCGAUGAAAUGGAGAUGAGGGUGGAUAGCAGGCGAGGAUCCUUCGAAGGGAACCAGGAUGACGACCCUGACAGCCCCGACAAGACAGAGAACGGAGGGGAAGUGCGUAUCUGCACGAAUUGUAUGAACCGCGAGCGCAAGCGUGCUGGGCGGAAGAGAGUCAAGAAGCAAGAAGACGAAGAAGAAUGGUACAAAUACGAGCAGGAUAGGGUCAUUGUGUUCAACACCAAGGAAUACCAGGACUGGCAGCCUCCGACCGCACCGAAAGAGAACGGGGAGGAUGUCAAGUUCCCUGAAGGUGCUAUGCAGAUCAGUGCCCCCAUGCGCAUCGCGUGCUACUGCCGUCACCACAGCGAAAAGAUUGGCUUUCAAGUCAUCUUUACCAUCAAAGACUGGCAGGGGCGCCUAAUCGCUCAGGCUAUUACGGACUCCAUCCUGAUCACCGACGAUCACAAGACGCACAAUACCUCCGGUUCCAUUAAUGGCCUAGCUGCAUUGGCAGAUUCUGCACAGUUCGCGUCGGAUACCAUUGGCUUUCCUGAGCAGACGGAGAUGAUGCCUUCCAGUCUUCAGACCUCACGACAAUGGCACUCGACCAAUAAUCUUGAUGCCCUGCGCCGAAACCAACCACAAUUUGCCUCGUCUCAGAAUCUUGUAGGGUUGCAGAACUUCCAUUCUCACAGCACAAACACGUCGGCGACGCCACGUAAUCUGUCACGUCAGGCAUCUCCCUCGUCGCAGUCGGGCCCGAACAAGAAACGCAAAGGAAGUGCUUCCUCCGCACGUCCGAUACCUCCUAGCUUGAGCAUGACGCGUCUGAACGACGCUGCGUUGAUACAGAUGCCUCCAGUUGCAUCAGCUGGGCCUGCCAUUGCCGGACUAUCUUCCAAUCCCUCGCCUUGGGGGCCUAAUGCGGGCGGCUUCCGUUCUCCAGAAGACCAGUCGUUCCCCAUGGCGCCAGUCACUGUUCCUCACUUCAGCACUGGGCCACCAACACCAACCAGCAAUCCCGGCCUCAUUACACCAGGCCAUCGGUCGGGAAGCACGGAUUAUCCUUUCCAGUUCUACUCCGCACCGAGUUCCGCACAUCCGAGCAGGGCUGCCAGCCCGGUCGCAACAAACAGGCCUGUCAUGAGCGCUUUCCAGCAGCAGCAACAGCAAGCUCAAUUUGCUACCGGUCUUGGAAAUGCCAUGAAUGGCCUACAGUUUGGUGGCGAUCUUCAACAGCAGCAACAGCAGCAACAACAGCAGCCGCAGAUACAACAGCCCCAGCACCAAUCGUCUUCGCCAAAGCUACUCAAAGUAUUGCCGAGCGAAGGGCCAAUAACUGGAGGGAUUGAGGUUACCUGUCUGGGUACGAAUUUCCAUCACGGACUGGAGGUCUUCUUCGGAGACAAUGUCGCGACCACUACCACCUGCUGGGGAUCGAGCUCGUUGGUCUGCCUCCUUCCACCAACGCUCCGGGCUGGUCCUGUCCCAGUGACUCUCAGGCAGAGAGGUCCGCUAGGCCCUGCGCCUCAGCCCUCCGCUCCUUCCACAUUCUUCAACUAUGUCGAUACUGCUGAGCAACAGCUCUUUGAGACGGCUUUGAGGUUCCUUUGCCAUAAACAGACCGGCUCUACUGACAACUACCAGCAGUUUGCGCGUAGUGUCAUCAACAGUGCAGCGACAUCAUCGUGGGGACCGCCAGCUGGGCAAGCGCUCAAUUCAGGAAUGCAGGGCUACCAGGCUGCAACCCUCCGUGGUGCAAGCCGUCAAGCAAUCGACACCGAGCAGACUCUGGUGAAUUGCCUGGAAAAGGCCGAUGUAGACGAAAGUCCUUACGAUGCUCGAAUCAACAUGAGAUCGGCGACCGGAGCUACCAUGCUUGCGCUCGCAGCCAGCUUGGGUUACAGCCGCUUCGUUGCGGGCCUGCUGGCUCGAGGGGCUAAUCCCGACGCCAGAGACAAAGGCGGCUUCACUCCGCUCAUGUUCGCUGCGAUGCAUGGUCAUGCACAAAUCGUGCGGCGGUUGAUCUUGAGGGGCGCGGAUCCAAUGAUGCGCAGCCUGCGAGGUUUCAUGGCUGUUGACUUCGCUGCGUCUGACGAGAUGCUGAACGCAUUGCAACGGGUUCAGCACCACACACGGAGUCGUAGUGCCGGUGCGUACUCACCACGUGGUCGUACAGGAAGUGGUACAUCAGUACACUCAAUAUGGAAUCCGCCAUCACCAAGUCAAUCAAGCGGCUAUUCGUCAAUGUAUUCCGACGAGGACGAGGAGCAGCAUUCGAAUCGAUCAGCUACGCAAGCACCGCCGGAGAUAUGGAUACAGUCAAGGCGCAAUAGCGCUGCUUUGCAUUCCAACGAUGUACUUCCGCUGAGCAGUCCUCCCCUGGAUCACACUCGACCGAUGUCACCCGCGACCGCCAUGGCUGCAUGGGGAGAUCACCUGGCCACGCAGCUCCAGCAGUUCCAGCAAAGCAUGCAGUGGCAUUUACCGAACUUCCAGUUGCCUGCUUUACCACCAAUGCCAAAUCUUCCUGACUAUCAGGCCUACCCGGUGGUUCGCCGAAUAAGCUCCCUGAUGCCGCAUACGAUCCAGUCACGAUCUGCGUCUGCGACGAGCGAUGCACCGACUGUGACACCAACCAACUACAGCGCGCGCGACCUCUUCUCCACUCCCGUUCUUCCGCCAUCGUACGAGGAGAUCUACCCGGAGAAUGCGCACAAAGACAUGGAUGUCAAGAAGUCUUCGAUGCUUCAGGUUGCGGCCGAGACCUUGCUGGACCAGACAUGUGCCGAAAGGUUCGAUGCUGCUGAUGCGGACGGCUCAUCAAAUGUUGCACCAACCGGGACGCUUGCUGAGAUUGAUGUCAAGAUUGGGAAGAAGUCGUUGUCGCGGGAGCAGCAGCAACAGCUCCGUGAGGCUCAUGCGCAGCGGCUCAAGAAAAUCCGAAGCGAUCGGAACCUGUUCUUCCUCUGGCUACCACUCUUGCUCAUUAUCGUCAUCGCAAUGCUUACAAACCGCAUCCCCGAGUUCAUCAACAACGUUUCGAAAAUUACCACCGCGGCGCGCCAGUAUGCCACUCGCCGCAUUGUUGAAGUAGCGUAG